AUGGAGAAAUGUGGGGUAUCUGAGCUGAAGAAAGCUGGUGAAUGUUUUUCUCUGGCAGGAUUUUAUGAGCGUGCAGCUGACGUUUAUGCGAAGGGCAAUUGUUUCCAAGAGUGCUUGUCAGUUUGCGCCAAAGGGAACCUUUUUGAAUUGGGUUUGCAAUACAUUGAAUACUGGAAACAACUUUCAAACAUGGAUGAUGGUAUGGUCACAAGAAGUAAAGAUAUGGACAAGAUUGAACAAAAGUUUCUACAGAGGUGUGCACUUAACUAUUAUAAGCUUAAAGAUAACAGAUCCAUGAUGAAAUUUGUUAGAGCUUUCCACUCGAUGGAUUUGAGACGCAAUUUCUUGAAGUCUUUAGAUUGCCUUGAUGAGCUAUUAUUGUUGGAAGAAGAAUUGGGAAACUUUGUGGAGGCUGCAGAGAUUGCUGAACUGAGAGGAGAUCUUCUACUUCAUUUCAAGGAGGCUUCCUUACUCAUCCUUUGGUUUGUGUUUUCCAACUCUCUAUGGGCACCGAAUAGUAGAGGUUGGCCAUUGAAGCUGUUCAUGCAAAAAGAGGAGCUUUUAUCAAAAGCCAAGUUAUUUGCAAGGAAUGAAUUGGAUCCCUUCUACGAGUUUGUCUGCACUGAGUAUGACUGGGAAGAUGAAUUGUCAGUGGAUCUGAGAAAGCACUCAGAGGAUAAGAUUUCACAGAAUCGGGUUUCUCUUGAAACACUAGUUUAUUUUUGGCGUCUAUGGAAAGAAAACAUUGUGAAUAUCUUUGAUUGCCUUGCGGGUAUUGAAGCCGAAAAUUUUGGCAAUUAUAUUGUUUUUGAGAAGUUUUGUUUGAACUAUUUUGGUGUGCGAAGGAAAUUUAAUAAUCAAAACAGCAUUUACCACAUGCUGAAACCUGAUGCUGAUUGGGUGAGAACAAUUGGUGACAGAUCCACAAGGAGGAUUGGGAAGUUGGUCAGCGCUGAUGCCCGCCAUUUUGUUUCUGCCGCUAGGAGNAUGAGAACAAUUGAUGACAGAUCCACUAGGAGGAUUGGAAAGUUGGUCAGUGCUGAUGCCAGCCAUUUUGUUUCUGCCGCUAGGAGUCAUUGGCGUUCAGAAUUAUUUUCUGUUGGUAUCAAGUUGUUGCAAACUCUUGAAGCCCUUCAUAAGUUCUCAACUAGGAAUUCCUUGUCUAUGUUUUGCCAAAGCAUGCCUCUCCGUCAUAUCUUUGAGGUUGCAAAAUUUCUUCUGGACUCCAAGUUUCUUCAUUGCAAUAAUAAUGAUAGAGGAACAUUGCAAAAUUUUGUAAAAUUAUCUACUAACUACUUUGUAGACGUUUUUCCGUUAGACUGUCGGAAAUCAUUGACAGAGAAUAUGAUCCAUCUGAGAAUGACUGAGCUGUCCCGGACAUUACUUGAAGAAGUAAUUCAUGGAAACAUCAAGGGAAAACUGACCUAUGGGCAAAUUGGGAGGGUGGCUAUGAUGUGGCUUUGA